AUGGCUGCUACGCAGAGAGCACCAGCAAAUGGAGUCCUCCCAGUCACCGCAAUUCAAACCUCUGGCAAUAGCCCCAAACCAGCAUCCAAGGCUACUGUCACUCGGUUGAAGGUUAUAAUCAGGAGACUUCCUCCCGCGCUCACCGAGGCAGAGUUUGCUUCAAUCAUAGGAGACGAGUGGAAGUUGGCGCAAGGCAAGGUGGACUGGUUCCUCUAUAAGCCUGGAAAGGAUUCCAAAGAUGCAUCCAAGCCAUCUAGACCUUCGCGCGCAUACUUCCAUCUCACGAGUGAUGCCCAUCUCAUGAGUCUCUCCGAAACUAUACGCCUUUCAGUCUUCGAAGAUGCACAGAAUACCUUCACAAGCUCUUGCCUCAUUGGUCCUCCAACUGUCGAGUUUGCACCAUAUGGCCGAACACCAGGAGGAAGACGUCGUGUAGAUGCACGAGCAGGCACAAUCGACCAGGACGCAGAAUUCAUGGCUUUUCUGGAAGGAUUGGCGAACCCACCUACAGGAAAGGAUGUUGGUGUGGAUGGUCUGGUUGAGGGCAUGCCAGCUACCAAGGAAAAAGUCACAACUACGCCGUUGGUCCAAUAUCUAAAGGACAAGAAGGCCAGCAAGAGCAGAGACGCUGCAGUGAAGGCCGCUAAGAAGCAAGAAAGUAAUCUUGCAAAGGGUAAAAGUGCAAAAGAUUCUCCAGACAAGAAAGGAAAAGAUGGCAAAGGAGUGGUCGAGAGGGCCACAAAAGAAGCUGUCAAGAUCCUCAAUAGGGAAGCAUCCGCCAAAGCGGGCUCGUCUGCGAAGUCGGACAGUUCAGAUGGUCCCCCCAAGCUCGAUCUUCGAAAGGUCCCUGGCCGACAAAGAGGUGCUGUUAUCUCAGCUCAUAUUCGCAUGUUGGAGCGGGAUUUAGGAUUCAGCCCGGCUCAGGCGCAUCGUCAAGUCCGACGCGAUACUGCUGACGCCCAGAAAGCAGAAAAAGCGACGGCUUCUGAAAAUGCUCCACCAGAGGUAAAAGAUAGUGUUCCAUCACAAUCUGCUCAAACCCUCAUUCCAGUGGCACCGAAAGGAAAUAUACAGGUCAAUAGUAGGAGAUCUCGAGCUAAGGCAUCCUCUGCUGGUGAGUCUGAAGCGAAGGCUUCGACACCCAGCACUCCUGCAACCCCUACGGCUCCUAUGGUUCUUCUCAAGAAACCUGAAAUAGCCCAAGCUACGCCCACCCCCAUAGCUCCAGCCCCAAAGCCCGCACCAACUACAACUCCUCGAAAGCCCCAAAAUGUUGCAGUACCGUCUGCUGGUGCCACCCAGGCCUUCGUCAAACACGCCAACCCUUCACAGGGUGUUACAGAACCACUGUUGAAGGAAGCAAUGGAGCAGUUUGGCGCCGUUUCUAUGGUGGAGAUUGACAAGCGGAAGGGUUUUGCCUAUGUUGAGUUUAUUGAAUCCGAUGGUUUGAAGAAGGCGAUGGCAGCGAAUCCGAUUCCUGUGGCUCAAGGCACUGUCCAGGUUAUGCAACGUAAAGGCACUUCUUUACCUCCGGAGAAGAAACCAGCACAUGUCGCCCCACAGUCUCCGAGAGGAGGCCGUGGAGGAGGCAGAGGUGGUACCAUUGGUAGACGAGGAAGGGGUGGUGCUAGGGGAGGUGGUAACGCGGCUCCUUCAACUGCCCCUACCGGACCUGCCGCGAAAGGAUAG